AAAAAACGACCCAACGCGCCCGGUUCACACCGCCUUUAUCGCUUGCAGAGGAAGAAAAUUCUUCGUUCUUAAGAAACCGCUCGGACUCUUUCCCCUAUAAAACCCUCGUCGUCCUCCUCAUCAAAGUCAACAAAAUCUGAAAGUCAAAUUCAACCCAACAGCAAAAAGAAGCGAUUUUGAUCAUGGCCCAACAAGAUUCAAGCGUGAAGGAACCACAGAUGGGUGAGAAUAAGGAGGAGCAGAGUCUCAAGUAUUUGGGAUUUGUUCAAAACGCCGCCGUUGCGUCCGGGGUUUGCGUCACGAAAGUGUACGGUUAUGCGAAGGAGAGGUCUGGUCCUUUGAAGAAUGGGGUUGAGUGUGUGGAGGGGAAGGUGAAGACUGUUGUUGGACCGGUUUAUGUGAAGUACCAGGAAGCCCCGGCCCAAAUUCUCACCUUUGUUGAUCGCAAGGUUGAUGAAUCUGUGACCAAGGCUGCCAAGCUAGAUGUGCGUCCAGUGAUCAGGCAGGCCUCAUCCAAAGCCUUAUCGGUUGCUCAAAAGGCACCAGAGACGGCUUGUACAGCUGCCAAAUCUGUCUACACCAAGUAUGAACCAAAAGCUGAGGAAUGCGCUGCUUCUGCGUGGCGAAAGCUGAAUGAACUCCCCGUCUUCCCAAAGGUGGCUGGGGUAGUUGUACCAGCUGCGGCAUAUUGUUCUGAGAAGUACAAUGAGACUGUGCAACACACCGCCGAGAAGGGGUACAGGGUUGCCUCGUACAUGCCUUUGGUUCCCACAGAGAGAAUUGCCAAGGUCUUCGGAGAGAAGGUGCCUGAACCAGAGCCAUUGAUCGCAGCAACUCAUGGGGAGACUGAUAUUGCUGUUCAAUAAGGAUUUGUGUGUUUAUAUAUUUUUUUUGAUGUUAAAAUACUGGAUUUGUCGCUGGAAAUAAUUAACAGAAAACAAUAUAUGUAAGAAUUGGGCAUAGCUUUUCAGCAUGCAUGAAUGUUAUAUAUACAUUUUUUGUUUCUCCGAUCUA